AUGAAAAUAUUGAAUAUCAAUAAAUUAUAAAAUGAAUAAAAAAAUAUAACACAAAAACAUUUAUAGGAGUUUGCACAAGAGAGUUCAAUAACAUUUACAGGUUUAAUUAAACAAACAUAUGAUGACAGAAAAGGUUUGAAAUAAAUUAUAAUGCAAUUUGAGCCGAUUGUUAAGUAAAUUUAUUAUCAGUAUCAAAGCAAAAUAUAUGCCGAAGUUUUGGGAAUCCAAAUGUAGUAAAUAAAAGAUAGUUUGGAUGAUCCAUAAGUAAAUGCAAGAGAAUAGGUAAUAACAUUAAUGAUUUACAUCGAAGAAGUGUUAUAAGAAAUAGAAAAACACUAUCAAAUACCCUACAAUAAAUAAUACUUUGAAGAUGCAUUUUAUGAAAUAACAAUCCCUGAAAUAGUUCAAGAAGAUGCAGGAGCUAUUAAUAAUGACGGUUGGUGUCAAAAAUGCACCAUCUCAUGA